GAAUGGGGUCCAAGAUUAGAUGAGAAUGGUAAUCCAGUUCCCAAAUCAGAAAGAAGACCAAAGAAAAAGGUUGCUUGUAUGAUUGGGUAUUGCGGUACUGGAUAUAAUGGGAUGCAAAUUCAAAAUAAUCCAGAUGUUAAAACUAUUGAAAAUGAUAUUUUUCAAGCAUUUAUCAAGGCAGGUGCUGUUUCUCCAGAAAAUUCUCUUGAUUUGAAAAAAAAUGGGUUCAUGAGAGCUGCCAGAACUGAUAAAGGUGUUCAUGCUGCUGGUAAUGUUAUUUCGUGUAAGUUAAUUAUUGAAGAUGAAGAUAUUUUGGAAAAAAUCAAUGCCAACUUACCAAGUCAAAUUAGAGUUUGGGGUAUUGAAAGAACAAACAAAUCAUUUGACUGUCGUAAAAUGUGUUCUUCAAGAGUAUAUGAAUAUUUAUUACCAACUUAUUCAUUAUUACCAGCUAAGCCAAAUAGUAUUUUAGCCAAGUUUAUUGCUGAAAAUAAAAAGGCACAUCCAGGAGUUAGCCGUGAUGAUGAAGAAGGUGAUAAAUGGUGGGAAGAAACUUUACAAACCAUAAUGAAGGAAGGAAAUAUUAGUCAAGAGGAUAUUUUCCUGAUUCAAACAAAAGUCAAUGAUACUUCCAACCCGGCCAAUUCAAAUAAUAACGAAGAUGCAGAAGUUGAAAAUGUUCAAAUCAAUCCAAUAGUUAAUGAAAAUGGAGAAUUAACAGAAUUGGGUAAACAGAUGAGGCUUAUAAAAGAUACUGAGAAUAAUUGUAGAAGAUCAUAUCGUAUUUCAAAAGAACGUCUUGAUUUAUUUAGACAAGCCAUGAAACAAUAUGAAGGAACUAAUAAUUUCCAUAAUUUUACUUUAGGUAAACAUUACAAAGAUGACUCAGCUAAAAGAUUUAUGAAGGAUACCAGUGUUUCUGAACCUUUUAUUAUUGAAGGUACUGAAUGGGUUUCCAUCAAAAUUCAUGGACAAUCAUUUAUGUUACAUCAAAUUAGAAAAAUGAUUUCAAUGGCAUGUCUUAUUGUUAGAACUGGAUGUCCAAUUCAACGUAUUGUUGAUUGCUUUGGUCCAAAUAAAAUUAAUAUUCCAAAAGCUCCUGCUUUAGGUUUAUUAUUAGAAAACCCAGUUUAUGAAGGAUAUAAUGGAAUAUUAGAAAAACAUGGAUAUAAACCAAUUGAAUUUACUAAAUACGAAACCGAAAUGAAUGAAUUUAAAAUGAAAUUCAUUUAUGAUAAAAUCUAUGGUGAAGAAACAAAAGAGAAUACAUUCCAUGGAUUUUUCAAUUUUAUUGAUACCUUCAAAGGCAAUGAAACUCAAAGUAAUAAAGAUAAACAUAUUUUUGAUUUCUUAGGUGCUGUUUUUGAAAACGGCUUAGAGAAAAAAAAUUAA